CAGAUAAACAAACUGAAUCCACUGUGAAGCUGAUAAGGGUGUGUUUAUAUUUUCACAACAGCUCUCCAAUGAGUUAAAAUUAGCUUGUCUGCACUCUUGAAAGCAAAGGUGUUUUCACACAGGAGAGAGAAGGAUGUAUACCUAUUUGCUUGUCGGUUUGGUAGUUGGUAUUGCAUAUAUUUAUCACAGUGUUGUGGUUAAAGGAAAGAGAUGCAAAAGUAAAGCAAAACUGCAUGGGAAAACGGUCAUCGUAACUGGAAGUAACACAGGCAUAGGGAAGAUGACAGCGCUAGAUCUGGCCAGAAGAGGUGCCAGAGUCAUCCUGGCCUGCCGCAGCAAACGGAGAGCUGAGGCCGCGCUCGCUGACAUCAAGAGGGAGAGCGGGAGCAAUGAGGUGGUGUUCAUGCAGUUGGAUCUGGGGAGUCUGAAGUCUGUUCGCUCCUUUGCUGAAACCUUCCUAAAGACUGAGCCCAGACUCGACCUGCUCAUCAACAAUGCAGGUAUUUACAUGCCCGGCACCACAGAGGACGGCUUGGGGAUGAUGUUUGGUGUCAACCACAUCGGUCCCUUCCUGUUGACCAACCUGCUGUUAGACCGUAUGAAGGAGUGUGGUCCGAGUCGAGUGGUCAACGUGUCAUCCAUCGGUCAUAACCUCGGCACCAUCGACUUCAAAUGUUUAAGCACUCACAAGGAGUUAGGAGUUGGAAAUUCUGCCACAGAUGUUUUCAACAUCUACGCCAACAGCAAGCUGUGUAAUGUUCUCUUCACGCAUGAGCUGGCCAAGAGACUGCAGGGCACAAAUGUUACCUGCUACACCCUUCACCCAGGAGCCAUCAACUCUGAACUGUUUCGCAAUGUCAGCAAGGUGUUCAUGAUUCUGAUGAAGCCUUUCCUCAUGUUCUUCUUCAAGGACACUGUGGCGGGGUCUCAGACCACCCUACACUGUGCCCUGCAGGAGGGCCUGGAGCCCCUCUCUGGAUGCUACUUUUCUAACUGUACAGUCAGGAACCUCUAUGCUAAGGCCAGAGACAAUGCGGUGGCCAAGAAGCUAUGGGAAGUCAGUGAGAGUCUGAGUGGCCUAUCCUCUUAAGAAAACCACUGUGAAUCUCCAGUUUUAACUGGGCUUCAACCUACUAACCAAUAUGCUGUGUUCUUUUGAAACAAAUCUGUAAUUCUUUCAGUUUUGCUUUAUAAAAUGUACAUGAUUAGAAAUAUAUGGAUGAAGCUCUUGCUUUUUCUUACCUAACAUUGAUUUAUGGGACAUUUAAUUAGAUACGUUAUUAUUUAUAUUUCUUACAAAACAGUAAAUAAGCCUAAAAUGUUAAGAACGUUUGUCUUGAUUGUUUGUUUUUUGAUGGCUCCAAUUACUAUUCAUAGCUUUUGCCUAAGUAUCCUCCUAACCAUUUAUCAGCUGAAUUAGAAUUUAAAGAUGGAGAGAGAGGGAGAGAGAGAGAGAGAGAGAGGGAGAGAGAGAGGGAGAGAGAGAGGGAGAGAGAGAGAGAGAGGGAGAGGGAGAGAGAGAGAGAGACGGAGAGGGAGAGAGAGAGAAGCAUGGAAGCUUCAGUAGAAGAAUCCAAACAAAGCAAAUAAGAAGAAAAGCUAAAAUGCCCUUGUGCUGUCCAAUGGGGUGUGGUUUAAGCUUUCCCGCAACUCGACAGAAAGUAGAGCUCUUUGUGCUGCAGAGUAACCAUGAGAAUAACUUUAUGGUAAGGAAUUCUAGACCAUGAGAAUAACUUUAUGAUAAGGAAUUCUAGACCAUGAGAAUAACUUUACGGUAAGGAAUUCCAGAGGGCGCAGUAUGUGCUAUGGGUUCUCUUUACUGAGUGCUACACAGGAUCUGAAAGCUCAAUGGCUGCCUUUCUUGUUGCUGGAGUGGUAUUGGUGGCCUAUAUGAUUUUUCAUAACGUCUUUGUCAAAGGGGCAAUAUGCAAAAGCAAUAUGAAACAGCAUGAGAACUCGUAAUAGGUGUCUGUUUUUGUCAAUGCUUCCUGUAUUUCCCCACAUUGACACAGGAGAAAAGUUCAUGGCACUGUUAUGUAAUAAUGUAGAGUAGAUGUCAUUUUCUUUGCCUGUACAUCAUUUCAUGUAUAUAGCAUUCUUAAAUUCGUUUGUCUUUGUGUAUUAUUUCAUUGGGGAUUUUUGAACGAUUUCCCUGGUUGUAAAACUCAACGAACACUCUGCUGCAGGUUGUAGGGGAGACUGGGGGCAAUUGUAACAGGGGGUGUUUGUAACAAUUAGAACUUCUCCAAACAGAAACAAGUUAGAGUACAUUACAUGCCCAUUUAGGUUAUCUUCCUGUUUGAAGAGUUUCAGACGAAUAUUGCACUGUAUUUUCUUGUACUCUCUGAGCCUUAAUGUCCAAGAACUCGAGCUAGCAUCAUUUAUCACUUUCUGUUAGUUCAACAUUGACAUUGUUGUCUCUUGCUCGGCACAUGAGGUUUUGUGUCAUGGCUGCUGGGUUGGGGGCAAUUGUAACAGUGUUUAAAAUGGUCCUAAGCCAAAUGAUGGGAAAAAAAAGUGAUUUUAACUUAAGAUUUUUAUGAAUUAUACAAAACUAACAUUAAAUAUCCUUGGGGUCCUGUAGAUUGCCAAAUAAGUUGUCAACAGAUAUCAUUUGGGCACUAUCAGACUAUUCAGAUGUUUUGAGAGGAACUGAAUGGCCAUUCACAAAUGGGUGUUACUGUAAAUAUUGGUUGGUUACUUAGACAUAAUUUGAUAGCAAAAUCAUUACAUAUGUCUAUGAUAAUUCAAACCGAAGUAUUUGAAGUUGAAUUUAUUUGGUUUAUUUUUUUAGGUGUUACAUUUGACCCUGGCACUGGGGGCAAAUGUAACGUCCAGACUGUGGAUUAAAGUCAGUAUUGUAACCCGA